AUGGCUUUCAAUCCCUUGGUUGUUAUUCUCAAAGAAAAAAAACUGGUUGGACGUAAUUAUAUUGACUGGAAAAGGAACUUGGAUAUUGUACUAACUGCAAAGGAGUACAAGCAUCUGCUCGCAGAGCAUCAGUAUAUGCCUUCUACCUAUGAUAUAAUGCAGAACCUUAAAGAAAUGUUUGGGGAUCAAAAUCGUGCUGCUAGGCAGACUGCUAUCAAGGAACUCAUGAAUACUACUAUGGCAGAAGGGACCCUAGUAAGGGAUUAUGUUCUGAAGAUGACUGAUCUUCUCAAUGAGUUAGAGAUCCUUUGA